CUAUGGGGCGGGGCCGCUCCCGGAGCGGACGUGACGCGCCUCUGUGGCGCUCCGGGGCCGCCCCGCAGCGAUGGAGGCGCGGGAGCCGCUGCGGGACGUGCGCGGGGCGCUGCGGGCGGUGCUGGCGCGGCUGCGAGAGGGAGAGCCGAGCGAGGGCCGAGAGCCGUUCGAGCUGCCGCGCUUCUGGGACGCGCUAGGUCAGACAUUCCAAGUAACAUCACAGGAAGCUACUAAGCUGAGUCUGGCAUUCUCAAGGCCUCCACUACCUUCUGCAGAGAACUGCCGGAAGCUGAGUGAGGAUGUCCAAAAUGCCAUUCUUGCAGUUGCCACAGUGUACUACUGGCUGCCCAAGGGCCAAGGUACUACUCUUCGGAAGAUGGUUCGAGAUGCCACCACUGAAGUAGUGGAAGGGAUGAUCCAGCUCACAGACACAAUUCUCAAUGCCCCAGUGGAGAGUUUGUCUCAGGAACAGCUGAUAUCAACUGGAGGUGUGUGGGAGGCCUGUGAGCAAGUGUCUAACCUGCCACGAGAUAACCAGGCAGCAGUUGUGUCGGCUCUGGCUGCAUCUCUAGGUGUGGUCAAGGAUGCUGUGGAGGAGAUGGAACAGGCACUGGUGGAAGGGCAGGAUCCCUAUGGGGACAUCAUGGAAGAUGAGGAGCUGGGCUUUCGGGGCAACAGGGACACGUACUGGUCAGAGGCUGACAGGCAGCUGCUCAGCUCCUGCAUGGGACUGAUGAAGGCUUCUAAAGCUUGCCUGAAGAAGGUUUUGGCUGCAGUGAAGGCCCAUGGCAAAGCUGAUUCUCCAGAGCACAUUGCACAGCUGGAUGACCUAGCAGACAUUGCUAAUGAGAUCAGCCCAAGUGUUGAUGAGCUGGCACUGAGCAUGUACCCACCUGUGAACCCACUGGCUGUGCGACUAAACGCUGCUAAAUUGGCCUCAGUAUUAACGAAAGUCUUAGAGAUUGCCAAGACAAGCCAUGUGUGUCCACCAUCAGAGGAAGGCUGGGUGCAGUUUCUAACUGGUGCAGUAGAUCACAACAUGAACAAAGUCAAGAACUUCACACAGGGUCAGCUUUAACUCUUCUGUGCCUGCAUGUGCUGCUGCCACUGGCUCUGGCAUCUGCAUUUCCAGUGAACUUUGCUGUUCUUUGGCUGUUUGGAAAAUGAUGAGAACAAUGGAGGAGAGAACUUCACUGCUACUUGGAAGAACCUCUCCAGGAAGUUGCCCUUUGCCAUGGCAAAGGUGUCAUUUUGCUUGGAUUCUUGGGAUGAUGCAGUGCUGCUUCUGAACGUGCCCCAUUCUUUGGACAUUACAGCUACUGUGGGGUUCAGAAAAAAAUAAAAUAUUGCUAGAUUUA